AUGGCUAGCCAUGUAGAUGUAGAGUUGGAGGCCAGUUUUGAGGCGGCCACCAAGUUUGUCCAAGCGACGGCCGGCGAGCUGGACUCGAAGCUCCUCCUUCAGCUUUACGGGCUUUUCAAAAGGGCCACCGCAGGCCCGUGCACCACAGCACAACCCUCUUGGUUCCAAGCGACAGCCAAACAAAAGUGGGACGCCUGGAAUAAAGUGACUGACCUGCCCGAGGCUGAGGCCAAACUAAGGUACAUCCAACUGCUGACCUCUGCUCAUCCUGAAUGGCGGGACUCGGAUCUGCCUUCUGGAUGGGUGUCCGUCUCUUGUCCGGUGGCUGAAGAAGAGGAGCAGUUGGCCGACAAGGACAAGACCCUGCUGGACUGGGCUAAAGAGGGCCGUGCCGACUUAGUCCGCAAACUGGUCGCAAAUGGUCAUGACCCCAACCAGUGGGACGACACAGGCAUGACAGCGCUGCACUGGGCCACUGACCGUGGCAACCUUGAGGUCGUCAAGUGUCUCCUCAGUCUUGGGGCAGAGUUCGACUUCAAGGACGCAGACGGACAGACCGCUCUGCAUUAUGCAGCGUCGUGUGGACACGUGGAGGUCGUCGAUGCGCUGCUCAAGGCUGGCGCUGACCCUGCAGCUAAGGACAACGAAGGGGACACACCCGUCGAUGUGGCCUGCGGACCCGAUGUAGCACAAGUACUAACCAUGUAUAGGAUGUAGAAAGGUAGAUAGCUAACAUUUGAUUGCAGUUGUUGUUAAUUUAAUUCAUCAGUCAAUAAAGGAAUUGAUCAUUUCUUCUAAUCAUUAA